GGUGAGAGUUCACGUCCCGCUGCAGCGCCGCCGCUCUGUCUGGAGAGCUGAUUUCCCUGCUGCUGUGCUCUAGAAGUUUCUCAAGUGCAGUUCAUCGGGCGAAAAAGUGUGUGUAUGGUAAUGCAACUGUUAUCAUGAAGCCGACUGUGAAUUCAUGAAAGAUUAGAGUGUGAAAUGCACGAAACGGUGAAAAGGAUCUAGUUACAGAAAUGUUUGGAUGUUUAGUAGCAGGUAGAUUGGUGCAGACAGAUGCGGAGCAGGUGGCCAGUGACAAGUUCGUCUUCCACCUGCCCGACUACGAGAGCGUGAACCACGUGGUGGUGUUCAUGCUGGGCACGGUGCCUUUCCCUGCGGGCAUGGGCGGGGCCGUGUACUUCUCCUACCCGGACCCCAGCAGCGUGCCGGUCUGGCAGCUGCUGGGGUUCAUCACCAACGAGAAGCCCAGCGCCAUAUUCAAGAUCUCCGGCCUGAAAUCCGGUGUGGGAGGAGAGCAUCCCUUCGGGAUGAUGUCGAUGCCUCAGAUGCCCUCUGUAGCCCAGGUGGGAGUUUCUGUAGAGCCCCUGGAGCAGCUGGCCCAGCAGACGCCCGUGGCCAGUGCUGCUGUCUCCACUGUGGACUCCUAUACACAGUUUACGCAGAAAAUGCUGGACAGCUUGUAUAAUUACACCACUUCGUACGCUGUGUCGCAGUCUCAGAUGACCCCCAGCCCCUCCGAGAUGUUCAUCCCUGCAAGUGUGAUUCUCAAAUGGUAUGAAAAUUUUCAGCGACGAAUGGCUCAGAACCCCAACUUUUGGAAAACGUAGUGCCUGACAGUUACUUCUGCAGGUUGAUCUCCCUGACAGCCUUUUUUGCGUAAAAGAAAAUACAGUAUUCACUCACCACUUGGCAGCAUCUUUCCAGCUUGCUCUACAGCUGAGCUGGUCUGUUGCAGGUUUAGAUUUUUUUUAAAUCAACAGUUUCACCUGUAACCCAAAAUAUCUUUUUUUACAACUGGUUUAUAGAUCUACGUCUUAUUUGCAAUUCAAAUAAACUUGGAUAAACGUUU